AUGGAAGGCAUUAAGACAGAAGAAACACCAAUCAACGAUGAUUUCCCUUAUGAACUCUUAAUAGCACAUUUAGAAUCCGAAAGAGACGCGUUGGAACAACCUAAAGCGCAAACCGUUAAGACAUUAAGCACCGGAACCACACUGCCAUGGUAUGCCGAUUACGUCAAUUACCUAGAUGCGAGAGUGCCACCUCCUGACAUGACUUAUCAACAAAAGAAGAAGUUCUUCCAUGACCUUAAACAGUAUUAUUGGGGUGAACCCUUGUUAUUCAAGAGAGGCGCUGAUGGAAUAUUCCGCCGAUAUGUUCCGGAAGAAGAAAUAAAAAUCAUAAUUCAUCAUUGCCAUGAUGCCCCCUAUGGUGGGCAUGCAAGCACAUCAAAGACAUGUACUAAGAUCCUGCAGGCAAGUCUCUUUUGUCCCAACCUGUGGAAGGAUGUCCACAUUGCUGUUAGAAACUGUGACCGUUGUCAGCGCACUGGAAACAUAUCUAGGCGAGAUGAAAUGCCUCAAAAGGGCAUCCUAGAAGUAGAGAUCUUUGAUGUGUGGGGGAUCGAUUUUAUGGGACCUUUCCCAUCUUCCUUCAGAAAUAACUACAUACUUGUCGCAGUCGAUUACGUAUCUAAAUGGAUAGAAGCUGUAGCCUCACCCACAAACGAUGCACAAGUGGUUAUUAAGCUAUUCAAAAAUAUAAUCUUUCCAAGAUUUGGUGUACCAAGGUUAGUCAUUAGCGACGGAGGAUCCCACUUCAUAUCUAGAAUUUUCAAAAAACUCUUGGUGAAAUAUGGAGUCCGACACCGUGUAGCAACACCUUACCACCCACAAACUAGUGGACAAGUCGAAGUCUCGAAUAGACAAAUUAAGCAAAUACUUGAAAGGGCUGUUGCCUCAUCUUGGAAGGAUUUGUCAACUAAGUUACACGAAGCACCGUGGGCGUAUAAGACCGCCUACAAGACACCAAUAGGAACCACGCCCUUCAAAUUAGUAUACGGUAAAUCUUGUCAUCUACCAGUAGAACUAGAGCAUAAAGCCUACUGGGCAAUAAAAACCUUAAACCUAAGUUACACCUGUUAG